AUGUGUCAUGGAGCUUGCCCGCAUCAGUCCUUUAGCGAAGCUACUCCGUCCUCUCCUUCACCGCCUCCCCCACCCGACAGCUCUCCCGGUAACGACAAUGAUCACGAAGAUGGCGAUUACGAUCCUGGGGACGACAAACAUUCAAAGCACAAGCCGGGACGUGGCGGUGGCGGGUCUUCUGGGAAGACAUGGAAUUUCAGAGCUCUCAGAUCUCGAAUCCAAAGAGGCUUUUCCUUGGCUAUUGAAAACCACCUGGACGACGAGGAGGAGAUGCUCACGGAGGUGGCUGCAUACAAAGCCCUGGAGGAUAUUCAAGGAGACUCUAUUCCUCGGUUCAAGAUCGGUGGAUACUACGGUGGUAUAUUCAGCAUUGCUACGGAGGUCGCUGGUUCCCCAUUGGAGGUAGACAAGCUAAGCCAGGAGGAGCGCUGGAAGAUCGUUGACAAGCUGUCACUCAUCCACAUGCACGGCGUCUUGCAUAACGAUAUUCGACCGGAAAACAUCCUUGUUCGCCACGGCGGUAACGGAAUUUAG